AUGUCAUCCAAGGCCUCAAAGUCAUCAGAACCGAGCUCCAAGAAGCAGCACUCCUCAAAGUCAAAAUCAAAGUCAAAGGGCGACGACUGGGCAGAAAUCACCGACCCAGAGGAACGCCGGCGCAUCCAAAAUCGGCUGGCCCAACGAAAAUUCAGGAAGAAGAACCAAGAUAGCAAGGAGAAGGCCGAUCGCGACGCGGACAACGAGGCCAACGCCCAAAACACGUACGAAGUCGCGUCAAGCUCCGAUCCGAGUGCGGAGGGAGCGGAAUCCGGGCUUCCCUGGGGCAGCAUCAACAUGAACCACGUCAUCACUCGGGGCCACGAGCACGAGAGCCGUCGGGGCAGCGGCCGUGAUGAUUAUGUUAGGGAAGACCCGUACUACACAACCAACUACGGCAACAGCUACACGGAAGCGUUUCAGCCGCCUGCGAGCUACGGGAGCAGCGGUGGUGAGGACUACUACUAUGGUGGUGACUCGCCGUAUUACCUGGAUUAUGACCAGGGCGGGGACGCGAAUCAGGGGCAUCGCAAACGGUAA